AUGUCCCAUGGGAAAAUCUCGGAAUCGGCACUGAUUCCUGGAUUCAAGGAUGCUUGUCGUUGGCUCGCGGCUUUUCCCAUGAAAAUUUCUCGAGCUAUUCCGAGGUUUAUCGAGCCUCGUCUUCAUUCCGACGUGCCGCGUCUGACUCCUCGGAAUGGCUCCAUCAUUCUUAAGCUGCGCGGCAGCUCUUCAGAUACUCCUGAUCAUUCUACAUCUCUCUCUAACUGCGACCAGCACCCUUCAACGGCCUUCACAGCGUCCUUGGAAGUGCCUGACAACCUUACGGAAAUUGAUGUUCAUAAACCAACGACUUUAUGA